GAAAGUCUGGUGUUUACAUGCGAAAUCUACGAAGGGUCCCAGUCUGUGUUUGGCUUGCACGAGCCACGCUUCUCCUAGGAUUGUUUUUGGAGUGUUAUUUUACGAUUGGUUUGGUCUGACCGUUGAAGUUGCAGUUCUAUCGAGUUUAUCAUCUUUGUUAAGAGUUUCAAGUGCUGGAUUGACUUCUAAAAGGGCUAAAUACGUUAAAGUUACUUCGCCAGAUAAGAAAUUAGCUGCAGGUUGGAUCAGCAUCCAGUAUGCUACAAUGAUACUCAAAGAAGAAAUAGAGGAAUGGAUUCCAAAAUACAAAAGACGAUAUUAUGGUUCGUUAUAGUGAUAUCUACAAGAGUUUCUGGAGAAACUGCAAUAUGCCCUACGCCAGAGACUAUACUGCCGUGCAUAUGCACGAAUCGGCACGAGGAUGUGCAAAUAUGGUGUACGCACAGCGACUUACCCCAAGUCCUAAAAGGUGUCAAGAAUAUUGGAGACUUUGUAAGAAACCCAAUAGAUGAACUAAUAAUUGAAAACAACUACCUUCCAUCUUUACCUGGAAAAAUAUUUCAAAAUGUUAAAAUUAUGAGAUUGAUGCUGAGACACAACGGCGUAGAGAGACUAUCAGCUACAUGGUUGGAGACACAAGAAAUGAAUUUAGUUGAAAUAUUCAUAGUAGAAAAUGAUCUUAAAAGCAUUCCAGCUGAAAGUUUAACGAUGCUGAAGAAUCUACAAGCAAUAACGAUUCAGUCACAAAACCUUCUAAGAUUACCAGCUAUUAGUAAUAUGCCUACACUGAAGUACAUUAACAUACAAUCAGAAAGUUUAAAUGUAAUCAAUGAACAUAGUUUUGAGAAUUUACCGAAUUUGGAAAGACUGUUUAUUAAGGGUAGUAUAAAUCUUCGUCUGAUCAAAGAAAAUGCAUUGUACAAUUUACCAAAAUUAAGAAGGUUGGAAGUAACAAACUGUGGAGUCAAUCACAUUCAUAUGAGGGCUUUGUCAUUACUCCCUUCGCUUAGUGAAGUGUCAUUUAGCAACAAUAAGAUAAUUGAUGCAUCUAUGGUGGGCAGAGCGACGAGAGAUUUGCCUUUGCUAUCCUAUUUGGACCUGAAUCAGAAUUUAAUCGACAAAUUAAACGAAGGUGCAUUUGUAGAUCAUCCAGCGCUAGAAAGAUUGUUGCUUUCAAGUAACAACAUAAAAAUCAUACAUCAUGGAGCUUUUCACAGAGUCCCUAAAUUGAGAGUUGUAGAUUUAAACUACAACAGAAUUUCACAAAUACACCCUGAAUCAUUUUUGCAACAAUCGGGUAGUGGGGUCGAGGAACUUUAUUUGAUUGGGAAUCAGAUAAUGCAUAUUUCCGAAUUUAGAUCUCUACUUGACGCACUGCCCCGACUGAAAUUUUUGGAUAUGAGUGAUAACUUACUUCAAGAAAUCCCAAGAGGGGCGCUCAGGGGUCACCCAAGUUUAGAAAGAUUGCAUUUGAAUAAAAAUAGCAUCAAGUUCAUACAAACGGACGCUUUUAUUGCGAUGCCGGCGCUAAGAGAGCUACAUCUAAGUAAUAACUCUUUAAGUGACAUGAAUGAAGGUCCGUUUUGGAAUUUGCCAGCUCUGAAAGGAUUAGAUUUGUCCUAUAAUUAUUUUCAACGUUUACAGCCAAAGAUGUUGUAUAAUUUACCAGCUCUAAGGCGAAUCAAUUUGAGCAACAAUCAAAUAGCCAUUGUCGAUCCGAUAACAUUUAUUGAAUUGCCACUAUUGGAAUACAUUAAUAUUUCGGGCAAUGCUUUAGUAUCAUUACAUCCAGCAACUUUCAGAAAUUUAGGUAAUCUAUAUGAAAUAGACGUAAGUGUCAAUAAACUAAUGGAAUUUGUGCCUGGCCUGCCAAGAGGAUUAGAACAAUUAUAUCUACAAAGGAAUCAGAUAACAAGCCUCCCUGUACCACCAUCACCAGAUUUAGACUUGCCAGCUUUAAGGACCUUGGAUAUAUCCAGUAAUGGCAUACAAAAGAUACCCCAUGGUUGCAUGAAAACUCUGCAUAGUUUGCGUCGUUUGUACAUGAGACGCAAUGGCUUGAGACAAAUAGAAGUCAACACUUUCAGCGACUUGAGCAACUUAGAAAUACUAGAUAUUAGCAAUAAUCAAAUUAUGACUAUCCAUCCGAAAAGUUUCAGUAAGCUUGCUCGUCUCAAACAGGUCAAUUUGCAUGGCAAUACAAUAGAAAGUUUCGAUUUUAUGGCGAUACAAGAAAAUGCAGCAUUAUCUACGGUUGACUUUAGUAAAAACAAGUUGAAGAGUAUCAGUCCGAAUAUGUUCAAAAGACCUCUUGAUGUUGAAACUCUGAAUAUAUCUUCAAAUAAUUUGAAUGAAUUACCACCAACGUUAAAUAUGUUGUCAAAGCUGAAAGUAUUGGACGCUAGUAAUAACCAUAUCAAGCAUUUUGAUGGCAACGUGAUGAAUAAUGUUCUCACCUUGAGGGAGAUUAGAAUGCCAAACAAUAAGAUAGUGGAACUUCGCCCUGGUAGUUUCAAGGACCUCAGGGAUGUAGAAUCAAUUGACUUGGAAAAUAAUGAUAUAGAAGUUAUCCACCCUAAAGCUGUGGUGAACUUGCCAAACUUAUCGGCAAUUUACUUUGGUCGGAAUCACAUAGUAGAUUUACCUGAUGGUGUGUUUUCGAACCUUCCAAGGUUACGAAUAAUUGAUUUACAAGGCAACAGAUUACAAUUCAUUUCACCCAAGGCCUUCGAUAAUAUUCCAUUGGUCCAAUAUCUAAAUUUGAGUAACAAUCAGCUAACUAACAUCGACAACUCAGGACUGCGACAACUACCUUCACUGGAAGUGUUGGAUUUAAGUUUCAACAAACUGAUCAAAAUAACAGCAUCAUCAUUCCAGCACAUGGAAUGGUUGGUCGAAUUGAAUUUAGAUAACAAUCUCAUUUGCUUCAUUGGGGGCAAGCCAUUUGACUUUAUGCCCAGACUGAAAAUUCUAUCUAUGCGCUAUAACAAAUUAACCAUGGUUAGCGAGGCUACGGUGGCGAAACUAAGAAACAAUAUUGCAAUCUUGGAUAUCGACGGUAACCCGUUAACGUGCAAUUGCGAACUUAUGUGGCUCAAGUCAUGGCUAUCAGAAUCUUCUGCAAUAGGACCCAAAUGUGCUGAUGGUACUUAUGUUAAGGGAAUGCCAUUUUCCAGAGAAGACUGCCAGAAAUAUGUUUCAGGAAAUCAGGAAUACGACGUAAGAUCCUGUAUUGCACAUGAAAAUGAAGCGUUACUACCAAGUUUGGCCACGUCGCAAGUUUUUUCGACUCUGGAUAAAAUUAAAGACUACACGACCCAAAUUAAAAACAAUUAUCACGUAAACAAAAUUAACAAUAGACCAGCGCCUGAAGAAUCCGAAUAUUUUUACGACGACUAUGUGGAUUACCCAUAUAACGAAACUUUGGUUGAAAACCUCAACAAUGAUCUACAUUUACUGCAAAAUAACAGAUCACAGGACAGUGGUGGGAUUCCUACACUUUAUGCAGGGACCAAAAGCACUACCCCAAAGAACACCCCUGUUCCAACGCCAAAUAAGCAACCUACGAGUGGUUUUACAUUUUUCGGGAUGCCUCUACCGGUUAUAAAUAUGGGGAAAUUGUUAAAUACCGGGCGUAAGAUGGACUGGCCCGAUAACAAGAGCACGCAACAUACCAAUAAGAAUUACCAAACCCCAGCUCCACCGAAAUUUGAAACGGGAGGAUUUUCGCCAGUUCUCCCGACGACAGAUAGUGGAUUCAAGCCUAUACCAAAUCCUAUGAAUACAUCUAAUAAUAUGCACACUUUAGUCGUCAAUCAAGGCACAGAAGGGUACUCCAUAGCAGGUAAUGUGGAGCAAGCUAUUGUGAUAUCAACAACAGAACUACCUAAGAAGAUAGUUCACACAAAUACAACCCAUCAGAAAAUGAAAAGCGAAAUUCAUGAGCUCCAAGCUUAUCACGACGACGACAAUACUACUCAUGUAGCAUAUAACAGAACCAAGAACAUAGAAGAACAGAAGAGUGAUGAUAAAAACCUUAGCAAAUACAAUUUAAUGGAAUCAAACCUGACAAUAACCCAAGUAACUGAAAAGGAGGGAAUAUUGAUAACUACAGACACAACCAAUGAUAUGUCUCUCCAGGCUUGGUUGGAGUCUAGCACAAAAUCUUAUUCCUCAACUCCCAUAACUUCGAAGCCACCUGUUAAAAAGCACAUUGAAAAUACUCACACGCAGCCUACAGCACUGUCUGCAGUUUUGAUACCAAGUAAUGAUGAGUUGGCCAGGAGAAACCAAAGUGCCAAUGUCAAGCGUCCAGCUACUGUCACCAAAGUUAAUAUGCCACAUGCAGCACAUUAUGACCUUCAAGAACAUACCAGUAAUAACUAUUCUCCAGUUAUAAAUAGGGAAGCUAAGACACGGUUCACUGAUAACACAUAUCCAGGAAACAAAGCAAGACAGGUAGAUGGAAAAGAGUGGUACUACAAAAAUUACAAUAACUCUAAUUUACCACCUUAUAUUGCUCCAGGAGUUCAUACUGCCAGCAGCAAUAGUGUUAAACUCAAUUGCUUAGUUUCAGUGACAGUAUUUUGUAUAAGUGUAUCAUUAUUGUAUGUUUAA